GACUGAAGGUAGCCACACGCAAUACCUAACUCAUACCGACGCCCACCUAGCCAACCUUGCCUAGACGACCUACCAGCCCUAGGCUGCAUCUAGGGCUUGUCGAAGACGCUCGAUCGCUCGACCGAGUCCCAGGUUGCCCCCCCCCCCCGUACCCGUCGGGAAACCCGCACGGAAGACCUACAAGGCUUGGAUAAACUACAUCAAGCAGCAACUGGAAGGAGCCAUUGGAGCAUUGGCGAUUUAUCGCCUCCCAACACCAUCACCAUGUCGUCUGCCGACAAAUUCAGACAGUCGUCUGGCGGCAAAGGAGGCUUUUUCUCCCGAAGCAAGCAUAAGAGCGGCGACAAGCGCAAUCCUAACGAGGACAACUACGACGCGGCAUCCGUUCAUUCGCAGUCGCGUCCCUCUCACUCGAGACAUACCAGAGACUCGUCGGUAGUGUCGAUUGACCGUCCCACUACCCCCGAGAUGGGUGUCAACAACACGGCCGGCGUCAUCACGGCCAUUCCAUACGAUGCCACCCAUGCAGAUAGACGAAGUCCGAUACCUAUUGAAUACCUGCCGCGGGCUGAACAGAUGCCGGUGAGGCGGGACCCUCUACCGCAUCAACUUAAUAAGUCUACCAGUGAUUAUCACCAGUACCCUUCUUUCGACGCUAACGCCCUCGCAAACAUGGCGAGUACUCACCUCUCGGGACCACGCCCUCCUCCGCCAGCCACGGCCAAUAUCACCAUGGCGUCGACGGGCCAGAGGAACACUCAGUUCCAGCAAUGGGGACCGGGGCAGGCCACGCAGAUGCCUCGCGGUAGUUAUGCCAGUUCCACGCAUUCUCAAUACCCCCAGAGAUACGACUCGUAUGCACCGUCUUUCGGGAGAGCCUCAAGGGAAAGCGACCAGGCCAGCAUAUUUUCAGGUAAUGGAGGACCCCCUGACCUUGCCACCACACCGCGCUCAUCGAGACUGUUACCAGCACUGCCCAGUGCCGCUUCGCAGAGCUCCUUUGCCUCCCACCAAUCCGAUAGAUCUUCGCACCGUUUAACCAAGUUUCCAGGCGGCGGAUAUUCGCCCGCAGCCACGGGUCCCGAAGGCUUCAACCUCACCCGACCGGACGACGACAGGGUCACCGAGCAGAUGUUCUACGAGCUGAUGCAGAAGCGAGGAUGGCACAACCUCCCGGAACAGGCCCGGCGCCAGAUGAUGGCAUACCCCCCUUCCAAGAAAUGGACCCUGAUUUACCAAGACCGCCUUACCGAAUGGCAGGGCGAACAGAAGAGGAGACAAACCGCAAAGAUAGGCCAAUAUUCCAACGUUGACAUCACUGUCUUCUCCGACGAAGAGGGAUCGCCGGAAUGGUAUGUGCGCAAGGUCAUGGACAACAGCCUGGAUGCGAAGGGAUUGGGAAGCCUCGAGGUCAACCUAAGAACACAACAAAUAGGUUGGGUGAAACGCUUCAUCGAAUGUCAAGGUCAGGUGGCUCUCACAAACGUGCUUCUUAAGAUUAAUCGCAAGACUGCCAUGGGACCUGCGCAACCAACCGACCCAAAGGGCAGCGAAAAGAAUCUCGAUAAGGAGUACGACAUUGUCAAGUGCUUGAAGGUUUUGCUAAACAACAAAUACGGCGCCGACGAUGCUUUGGCUCACCAGCAAGUCGUCGUGGCCUUGGUGACGUCCCUCAUCUCUCCGAGGUUGACAACAAGAAAGCUCGUCAGCGAUGUUUUGACUUUCUUGUGUCACUGGGAGGAGGGGAACGGACACCUCAAGGUCAUCCAGGCCAUGGAUGUGGUCAAGACCCAACAGAACGAGAACGGCCGUUUCGAUGCUUGGAUGCGCCUUGUCGAGGUCACUGUCGACGGCCGUGGAAAGAUGGGCAGUCUCGUCGGAGCCAGUGAGGAAGUCCGGAGCGGCGGCAUAGGCAUGGAGAACCUCCUCAUGGAAUACGCCGUUGCCACGCUCAUUCUUGUCAACAUGAUCAUCGAUGCGCCAGAGAGAGAUCUCACACUCCGUAUGCAUAUCCGGGCGCAGUUCGGUGCUUGUGGGAUCAAGCGGAUCCUCACCAAGAUGGAUGCGUUCCAGUAUGACCUCAUAGACAAGCAGGUCGAACGAUACCGCACCAACGAAGCCAUUGAUUAUGAGGACAUGCUUGAGAAAGAGAACAGCAGUAUCAAGGACAGUAUCGAGGGCGAGGUCAAGGAUUUGAACGACCCAACCCAGAUCGUAGAUGCGAUUCAGCAACGCUUGCAAGGCACAAAGACCCAAGACUACUUCGUCUCUGCGUUGCAGCACCUGCUUCUCAUCCGCGACAACGACGGAGAGGAAAGGUUACGCAUGUUCCAGCUUGUAGACUCGAUGCUCAGUUAUGUGGCCAUGGAUCGGCGGUUGCCGAACAUGGACCUCAAGCAGAGUCUCAACUUUACAGUACAAAGCCUGUUAGAUAAGCUGCACACCGACUCAGAGGCGCGACAGGCUCAGGAUGAGGCCUUAGAGAGCCGCCAGAUCGCCGACGCCGCUAUGGCCGAGCGUGACGAUAUGAGGGCACAGCUAGAAUUAGGAGCAGACGGCUUAGUAUUAAAACUUCAGAAGCAAUUGGAGGAACAGUCGAGGUUUAUCGAGGCUCAGAAGCGUCAAGCUGACGGCUUGAAAGCUGAGCUCGAAAACAUGCAGACGGUGCGGUCCAAGGAGGCUCAGCGCUACGAGCUUGAAACGCGCGAGUUGUACCUAAUGUUGAGAGACGCGCAGGAUGUGGCAGCUUCGCAGGCUGUUAAGAGCAGCGCCGGCACCAGUGGCAACACCAAGCUUGUUGAUGAGGAUCCUGCCCGUAUGCAGGGCAUUCUAGAUCGCGAAAGGCUCAUGGAAAGGCUGCAAAUGCAGAUCGAGCGUCAAAAGACGCAAUACAAGCUGGAGGGCAGAGUCUGGGGCGACAAUGUCGGCCCAUCAGAUCGGUUACGCGCCCUGCGCGAGGAGAUGGAUGGGUUCUCGGCGCCGGAAGGUGCUGGGCUUCCGCCUGCCGGUUUCACUAACAGCGGUAUGUUUGGUACUGUAAACAGGCAGACCAAGAUUGCCAGAAAACCCCUCAAUGCCCAAGACGAGGCAGUUGUUGAGGGCGACGAAGGGGACGAUGGGGAAGACGGGGGAGAUGACAUUGUUUAUGAGAAGCCAAGAGUGGUGGAGAUUAGGAGGCCCGUCAUGGAUCCAAGACAGGCAAGCAACCUGAUGAGUGAGAUCCAAGCCAAGGGCAAGAAAUACGACGCCAGUGAUUCGGAGGAUGGUGAUGGUGUGACUACGGGUCCUUCACAUCCCAGUCUCGAGUCGCAAUCGCCCAUCACGCCCAGCGAAAAUGAGCCGCCGAAAAUCGAAAUUACGGGUGCUUCCUCCUCGGCGCCCGCUCCUCCUCCACCACCUCCUCCGCCGCCGCCACCCCCGCCGCCAAUGCCGGGCCAGAUCCCCGGCGCUGCACCCCCACCGCCACCACCUCCCCCGCCACCACCUCCCAUGCCUGGAAUGCUCACUCCUGGUGGUGGUGGUGCUCCUCCUCCUCCACCGCCUCCUCCGCCACCACCCAUGCCAGGAAUGGGCGGUCCUCCUCCACCUCCUCCGCCCAUGCCUGGCGCUAUGUCUGGUCAUUUCUUGUCUGUUCAAAGUACUAUAGCACCUACGACAAUUGGUCUACCUGUUGUCAGACCCAAGAAGAAGCUCAAGGCUCUGCAUUGGGACAAGGUUGAUGCCCCUGAAACCAGUCAUUGGGCUGCCCAUGCUCCCACCGCGGAAGAAAGGGAAGAAAAGUACUACGAGCUCAGUAAGAAGGGUAUUCUCGACGAAGUCGAGAAGCUGUUCUUGGCCAAGGAGAUCAAGCGAAUCGGGGCGGGAAGCUCUAAGAAGGAUGACAAGAAGCAGAUUAUCUCCAGCGAUCUGCGGAAAGCUUACGAAAUUGCUCUUGCCAAGUUCUCCCAACUAUCUGUGGAAAAGGUUGUGCAGAUGAUUAUUCAUUGCGACAAGGAUGUGCUUGACAACCCUGUAGUCAUGGAUUUCUUGCAGAAGGACGACCUAUGCAACAUAUCGGAUAAUAUUUCGAAAACAAUGGCGCCGUAUGCCAAGGACUGGACGGGACCCGAGCCCGAUGGGGGAACCCGGGAACUCGAUCCAUCCGAGCUCACACGCCAAGAUCAACUCUACUUGCAAACAGCAUUCGAGCUACAGCAUUACUGGAAGAGCAGAAUGCGGGCUCUGGCAUUGACGAAAAGCUUCGAAGCUGACUACGACGAAAUCAACGAGAAGAUUCGACUCGUUGUCACAGUUUCGGAGUCCCUCCGAGACUCGGUGUCACUAAUGAACGUGCUUGGUCUCAUCUUGGAUAUCGGUAACUACAUGAAUGACGCUAACAAACAAGCGCGCGGCUUCAAGCUCAGCUCGCUCGCGCGUCUUGGCAUGGUGAAGGACGACAAGAACGAAUCUACGCUGGCUGACCUCGUGGAGCGCAUCGUGCGCAAUCAAUACCCAGAAUGGGAGAACUUCACGCAGGACAUCGGAACCGUGAUGUCAGUGCAGAAAAUCAACAUCGAGCAGCUGCAAACAGACGCCAAAAAGUACAUCGACAACAUCAAGAAUGUGCAGAUGUCGCUUGACAAUGGCAACCUGUCCGACCCUAAGAAGUUCCACCCGCAGGACCGCGUCUCCCAGAUCGUCCAGCGCUGUAUGAAGGAGGCGCGUCGCAAGGCUGAGCAGAUGAGCUUGUAUCUCGAGGAGAUGACGCGCACGUACAAUGACAUCAUGGUGUUUUACGGCGAGGACCCGGCCGACGAGAACGCCCGACGUGACUUCUUCGCCAAGCUUGCCUUGUUCUUGAAUGAAUGGAAGAAGAGUCGCGACAAGAACAUUCAACUCGAGGAGACGAGAAAACGCAACGAGGCGAGCAUGAAGCGGAAGCAUGCCCAGCUCAAGAUCAACAAUGUCGUCGAGGGCGGUCCAGCCAGUCCGGCCAGUACCGGGGCGAUGGACAGCUUACUUGAGAAAUUGCGCGCCGCAGCACCUCAAGCAAGGGAUCAACGCGAUCGCCGACGGAGAGCUCGGCUCAAGGACAGGCAUCAAGUGCGCAUUGCCUCUGGGCAGAAUAUUCCCGAGAUCAGCGAGGUACCCGAGGCCGAGGCAGGGCUACGCUCUGACGGCACCGUCGCCACAGAUCCCAACGGCGAUCAACCCAUUAGUCCAGGAUUGUCGUCCCCUGGGGCUGGGGAGGGCGGAAGUGAAGAUGGACUGGCAGCCAGGGCAGAAAUGCUUCUGAGGGAUAUGCGCGGUGGCGGCGACGGGGCAGACGACGAUGGAGAUAAGCGGGACAGCCUGAGAAGAAGCGCCGCCGAAGAACGGAGGACGAGGCGGAGGAGGUUGAAGGCCGGCAGCGUCGCGAGCAGUACAGGAACCGGUGACGGAGAUGCAGAGGUUGCUGUCACUAGUCCCACGAAUGACGAAGCGCCGCCAGUACCGCCCAUAGUGCUGGAGGAAUGAUGGAGUGGAAACUGGGAGCGGGAUUGAUCUAUCAAUAUCAAAUACGUCGAAGGCGAUACAUAAUGUCUACAACCACAAAGCAGCGAUAAGCAAGCCCAUGGCGCUCCAAGACGACGAUUCGUGGGUCGGUGUCCUGUCAACCAGGGAAUAAGCGAAGGAUAUUAUUGGGGAGCCCACCACAGCCGGCAGUGCACCUCUUGGAGCUCUCGGCACAUCCACCCACCGGUUCGAUACUACCAACC